AAAGAGAAAAAAAAAACAACACUCUUCUCUCAUCUCCUCCAACCCUCCCUUCACUUCAUUUAUAUACCCCUUCCUUUCUCUCUCAUUCUUCUUCAUUUUCUCAAUUUCCAUCAUCACGCCACACACCACUCCGUCUCCAUUUCCAAUUAUUUUUUUCUUUAAUUUUCAGAUUCCAACAAAUACUAAACAUUUUCUGCAACCAAACCAAAGCAAAGCAAAGCAACUUUUUCCAGUCCUAUAAAGAAGCAGACAUGGAAGAAGAGACCAAAGUCGUAUCAGAGGUUGUUGUGGAGGCAGAUCAUAAGAAUGACGCCAUCAAGGAGACAAAUGGAGGCUUGUCAAGUGAAGUAAAGAAAGAAGAGGAAGAGAAUGCCUUAGAUGGAGAAUUUAUAAAAGUUGAGAAAGAAGAGAAUGCCACAGAUGAUAAGUCCCACAAAACUGAAAGAAGCUCAGAUUCUCCGAGCAGAGAAUUUCUAGAAGCUCAAGAGAAGAUACGGGAACUUGAUGUUGAACUCCAAAGACUAACAGAAUCGUUGAAGACCUCUGAGCAUGAAAACAUUCAGCUGAGGGGAGAGAUCUCAGUUACACAACAGAAAUUGGAGGAAAGUGGUAAGAAAUACGAAGAGCUUGAACUGAGUCACAAGAAAUUGCAAGAGCAGACGGUUGAAGCCGAGAAUAAAUAUAAUCAGCAGCUGAGCAAUCUUGAAGAGGCACUUCAGAGUCAAGAAGUGAAGCAAAAGGAGCUUCUUCAUGUGAAGGAAGCAUUCGACGAUAUUAACCUUGAGCUUGAAAACUCCAGAAAGAAGAUGCAGGAAUUGCAGGACGAGCUGAAACUUUCAGCAGACGAGGCUCGGAAAUUCGAGGAACUUCAUAAGCAGAGUGGUUCACAUGCUGAAUCCGAGGGAAAGAAGGCCUUAGAAUUUGAGAGACUACUUGAAGAAGCCAAACUGACUGCAAAAGGAAUGGAAGAUGAGAUGGCCUCCCUUAAAGAAGAACUGAAAGGUGUGUAUGAUAAGAUUUCAGAAAAUCAAAAGAUUGAAGAAGCACUUAAAACAACCACAGCUGAACUUUCUACUAUCCAAGAGGAGUUGACACUUUCAAAAUCACAGUUGUUGGAAGUUGAGAAAAGACUGUCUUCAAGGGACUCUUUAGUGGAUGACUUGACUCGGGAAGUAAACCUGAUAAAGACAUCAGAAACACAGCUAAAGGAAGACAUGUCAGCACUUCAAAAUCUAUUGGCCACAUCGAAGGAAGAACUGCAAGAAAAAAAUUCUGAAUUGGAAACUGCGAGGUCCAAAUUGCGGGAGGAGGAAAAAUUGAGGGAAUCAAUUGAAGCUGCCCUCAAGAAUCAAGAAACACAGUUUCUCAAUGUAAAAGAGGAGCUGACUAAGCUUAAAACAGAAAAUGGAACUCUUGAAGCAACCGUGGAAGAUCUAACCCUUAAUUCAAAGAAGUUUGAGGAGUUAUGCGCUGAUUUAGAGGGAAAACUAAAGCUAUCAGAUGAAAACUUUCUUAGAACAGAUUCUCUUUUAUCUCAGGCGCUUUCAAACAAUGCAGAGCUCGAGCUGAAGGUGAAGUCGCUAGAAGAUCUCCAUAAUGAAUCUGGCGCUGCUGCAGCUACUGCUACUCAAAGGAGCCUUGAACUUGAGGGACAUAUUCAGACUUCCGUUGAAGCUGCAGAAGUGGCAAAAUCACAAUUGAGGGACCUGGAAACACGCUUCAUAGCAGCAGAGCAGAAGAACGUGGAGCUUGAGCAACAGUUAAACUUACUACAAUUGAAAACCAGUGAUGCUGACAGAGAAGUAACUGAGUUGUCCGAAAAAAUAUCCCAUCUCAAUGCUAAAUUGGAAGAGACCGAGAAAGAGAAGAAUCUUCUUAACGACCAAUUGCAAGAGUAUAUGGAAAAGGUCGUUCAACUUGAAUCAGACUUGAAUCAAUCAUCUUUGCGGAGUUCAAUAUUGGAGGAGGAGCUGAAGAAAGUCAAUGACAAAUGUUCUGAGCAUGAAGACCGAGCCACUAUGAACCAUCAGCGUAGCAGAGAACUGGAAGAUUUAAUCCAGAGCUCUAACUCCAAAUUGGAAGAUUCUGGUAAAAAGGUGAGUGAGUUGGAGUUGUUACUUGCAGCAGAGAAAUACAGAAUUCAGGAACUUGACCAACAAAUAAGCACAUUAGAAGACAAAAGCAGGGUUUCAGAUGAGCAAAACAAUAAAUACCUCAACGAUUUGUCUAAUUUAACAUCAAAUCUUGAGGCAAUUCAGACACGAACGUCAACCCUCGAAGUUACACUGCAAGCAGCUAAUGAAAGAGGAAAGGAGUUGGAAGAUUCUCUGAAUUCGAUGACGGAUGAAAAGAAGAAGUUAGAAGAUGCUUCUAGCAGUUUGAAUGAGAAGCUUGCUGAGAAAGAAAACCUAUUGGAAAUUUUGAGGGAUGAUUUAAAUCAAACACAAGGUAAAUUGCAAAGCACUGAAAGUGAUCUCAGGGCUGCUGAAUUGAGAGAGAGUGAUAUAAUUGAGAAACUUAAAGCUUCUGAAGAAAAUCUUGUCAUUAGAGGAAGAGAUAUAGAGGAAACUGCUACAAGACACUCGGAACUUCAAUUGUUGCAUGAGUCUCUGACGAGAGAUGCAGAACAGAAACUCCAGGAAGCUGUAGAAAACUUCAGCAACAAGGAUUCUGAGGUUCAGUCUCUGCUUGAGAAAAUUAAGAUUUUGGAGGAACUGAUUACACGGGGUGGGGAACAGUCUACAUCCUUGAAGAAUCAACUUGAAGAGAGUUUGAGUAAACUUUCUUCUUUGGAAAGUGAAAACGAAGUUUUGAAACGACAAGUUCUAGAAGCCGAGAGCAAGAUUUCUCAGUCUUUUUCUCAAAAUGAAUUAUUGGUUGGAACAAACAUCGACCUGAGAACCAAGAUUGAUGAACUUGAGGAAUCACUGAACCGUGCACUAUCAGAGAAGGAUGACACAAAUCAAGAACUUGUGGCCCAUAAGAACAGUCUAGCUGAAUUGAAUGAUUUACAAUCAAAAUCCACUCAAAUUCAAAGUGCAAAUGAAUCCCGCAUUCUAGAAGUAGAAUCACAAUUACAAGAAGCGUUGCAGAGGCAUACUGAGAAGGAAUCAGAAACCAAAGUGUUGAAUGAGAAGCUGAAUACACUAGAGAACCAAAUAAAGCUUUUCGAAGAACAGGCACUAAACGCAGUUGUAGCUUCUGGAACUCAAAAAGAUGAGCUGGAGGAGAGUCUCAUAAAAUUAAAGCACCUUCAAACUGUCAUUGAGGAACUGCAAAACAAGUCACUCCACCAUGAAAAAGAAACUUCUGGGCUAAAUUAUGAAAACUCAAAGCUUAAUGAGGAAAUAGCUAUCUAUGAAUCCAAAUUAAGUGAUUUGCAGUCAAAGCUCUCUGCAGCACUUGCUGAGAAGGAUGAAACAGUUAAAGAGAUACUCACCUCGAAGAAUGCCAUCGAAGAAUUAGUGUCAAAGCAUAGUGCAGAGGUGCAGACGCUGAAUUCACAGUUAUCUUCAGUGAUUGAUGAGAAGAACUUGCUAAAUGAGACUAAUCAGGAUAUAAAGAAGGAACUUCAGUCUUUUAUACUUGACCUUGAAGAGAAGUUGAAGGAACAACAGAAAAUUGAAGGCUCUCUGAGAUAUGAGAUCGAAAUUCUCAAAAUGGAGAUUGCUGAGAAAUCUGAACUAAAUGAAGAGGUUGGAAGUGUUCAAGCUGCUGCUUCUCAAAGAGAAGCAGAAUUAAAUUCAAAACUGGUAGACUAUGAACAAACACUCAAUGAUAGAAAUGUGCUGAAUGAGAAGGUUGCAGAACUUGAGAAAGAGUUGCAACUUGCACGGGAUACUCUUGCUAACCAGAAAGGAGCAGAAUCUCAGAAGUUGGAACUAGAGACAGCCCUGAAGAAUUCUGUUGAAGAACUUGAAAUUAAGAAAAAAGAUAUCUCUCUUCUACAGAAACAAGUGGCAGAUCUAGAGCAGAAAUUGCAACUGGCUAGUGAAAAAUCCCCAGUUAAGGGCGAUGAGGGUGUUGAUCAGAAAGAAGGGUUGGAAGUCAAGUCCAGGGACAUUGGAUCAAUCCUCUCGAGUCCAUCGAAAAGAAAAAGCAAGAAAAAGUCAGAAGUACCAAGUCCUCAAACAUCAUCUGCGUCCGAGACUCAUGUUCAAAGUGACCAGGGUUCGUCUGUCAUAAAUUACAAGUUCAUCUUUGGAGUAGCUAUUGUGUCCAUUGUCUUUGGCAUAAUUCUUGGGAAGCGUUACUAGUAUGAGCAGCGUAUGUCUUUUGUUUUUGUUAUUCAUGGUGAUUUUCCCUCUUUUUUUUCUCCUUUCCCGUUGAUUAACUAUCAGAUUGAAAGCUUUCUUUGCAUGCUUUCAAGCUCAACUUUUCAGGUUGGUCAGGAACUUGUUUUCAUCCUAUUCUUAUUUUUUAUGUAAAAGAAAUGGGGGUUGGUUAA